AUGCAGAAGUCUCUCUCCCCCAUUGAACCCAGGUUCUCCACGGGCACUGGCUUCUCGUCAGACGAUGCUGGCCAUCGGCGGUUACUUGUCACUGAGAUUAAAGCCACAUCUGAAAGCUCUUACAAGUUAACGGAGAGGAUUAUUGUCAGUUACGCCGAGCAAGGCGUGAAGAUGUCGUAUCAGGGCCGACGUGAGAAGGCUCAUGUAUGGAAACCAGAGUCCUCAUUAUAUAUAUCACCCGGUGACAAUCGCAUCCUCAAGAUCCAACUCUUCCGCAAGCCCUUGCUCAUCCCGGUUCAAGCGCUGAUAGUGUACGCCCCCAGCAUGGAUUUAUUCAAGGCGCAUGAUUCGGGGAAGUCAGAGUGGACGUAUUCACAGCACGACAAGAUAGAAUUGACGGUCGGACUCAGUAAUCCGCGUUCGAGUGUCGAUAGCCGUGUCGAGUUUAAUCCGGAGCCGUCAUCAUGGGGGUUAUUCAAGCCCAGCGAAGUCGAACGGUACUCGAGGAGUUAUGAAAGCUCGACUAAUGAUGAUGGGUCACCGAACGAAGUCCCCGUCGAUCCGAAUGCGGAACUCUCUGCGACUUCAGAUGAAGUGCUAAAGGCUUGCCCAAGAUUCAGGAUCUUGGUAAUAGGAAAGAGUGGCGUCGGAAAGUCGUCGUUGAUAAAUAUGACUUUCGGCGUUGACAAAGCGAGCGUGUCAGAAGAUCGGCCAGGCGUGUCCGACAUUAACUUCGAGAUUACGUCGACAGACAACGACCGCUUCGUCGUACACGAUUCCAAAGGAUUUGAACACGGGGAAGACAGAAACCUUAAUGCCGUAAAGAAGUUUAUCGAAGAGCGCAGGCGAAUGCCCGAACUCAAGGAUAAACUGCACGCUAUCUGGUUGUGUACAGAGAUCCCGAGUGCGGGUGGGCGAUCAUUCGAAUAUGGCGACGAGGUAUUUCUCAGGCAACAGAUUGAACAUGUCCCUGUCAUCGUGGUCUUCACAAAGUAUGACCUACUCGUCAGAUCCAAGGACUACGAUCUCGAUGACAGGGUGGACCCUGAGGAACGGCAGAGUAUUAUUAUGGAGCAAGCAGAGAGUGCAUUCCACGAAAUGUGUGUACAGCCCCUCCUCGAGAUCUCUCCCAAUGCACUUUAUGUGAAGGUCUCUACGAAGCACAAAUACCGGUCUACCCUUGAGGACCUUACCACGCUGACGUUUGACAAAGUCGAGGAGAAUGUUCAUAGGCUUGCGUCGUUAGCAUCGGGCAUGGCGCAAAGGGUGAGCGCCGAUGUAAAGAUCCGUACAUGCAUUGCAAUCGGAAAGAAACGUUACUGGAACGCGAUUUCCGCCAGUGCCGACUUUCCCGGAAGAACGCUGAAGGUCUGCCUGGACGUCAUCCAUAAGGACAUCGUGGCUGUAUGGAAUUUUCAGGAUGCUGAAAUGUAUCUAUUAAGCGAUACGGUGAAAGGAGACAUCAUUCAGCUCUUAUGCGAUAUGAGAGACGAGGCGCAGCCCGUGAGCCCCGUAAAGAGCCUCACUGCUAUUGGCCCUGCCGUGACGGCUUUGGCCUCAGCAACUGCUGCAGUCCCACUUGCGACGCCAAUUGUAAUACCUAUCGCCGUUAUCCUCGGAUUGGCCGCAUGGGUAUGGCAGGUCUAUCAACGCAGCCAUGAGUCCAUACGGUGCCUGAUGUGUUACGUCGUCGACUUGACUAUCAUCAUGCAACUCGUCUUUAAAGGCCACGAACAAAGCGCCAAAAUCGACCACGACGUGAUCAAAGAAGCGAUUGACACAUAUGCCAAUUCUGGGGUACUAAGGAGGAACCACACUAUCGUUCGUUCCUUCGUUGGCGACCUAAACAUUGGGGAUCGCGUCAGCAGCCGGCGGAUCAUGGAGAAGAUAGAGGAAUUGAUUAUGGAUCACUGGGAUCCCGAUAAACCGAAUGCUUCAUUCACACUCAGUGAAGGCGACGACAAGCACGGCCAAGAUACCCUUAUAGGCUGA